GUGACCGUCAGCAGCUGCGGGAGUAAGAGCCCAGCCUUGGGCAGGCAGCAUCAGAGAUGCUAGGCUGUGAGCGCAGGAAUGGGGCCGCAAAACCUUGGCGUCCAACAAGGAUCGUCUACCUGCUAGUGGCAACAGCCUCCCUUCUCCCCGAUGUGUGUGGGUACAAAAGGGGUUCCACCACCUGGACGCAGGAGAAGAAUCAACAUCAGCCAGCUAUUUUGAAUACAACUGAUAUCCAGAAAAUUGCAGAAGGCACAAAUAUUUCUGAAAUGUGGCAGAAUGACUUAAAACCACUACUUAUAGAGAGAUAUCCAGGAUCACCAGGAAGUUAUGCUGCUCGUCAGCACAUCAUGCAGAGAAUUCACAGACUCCAAGCCAACUGGAACUUAGAAGUGGAUACAUUCUUGAGUUACACACCCUAUGGAUACCGGACUUUUUCCAAUAUCAUCAGCACCCUUGACCCCAAUGCCAAACGCCGCUUGGUACUUGCUUGCCACUAUGACUCUAAGUACUUUCCACAGUGGGACAGCGGAAUAUUUGUGGGAGCCACCGAUUCAGCAGUACCCUGUGCGAUGUUGCUGGAGCUGGCCCGGGCCUUGGACAAUCAACUCCUUUCCCUGAAGAACUCUUCAGCCUCCAGGCCAGAUCUAUCUCUCCAGCUUAUUUUCUUUGAUGGUGAAGAGGCUUUUCUUCACUGGUCUCCUCAGGAUUCCCUCUACGGCUCUCGGCACUUAGCAGAGAAAAUGGAAUUUACUGCACAUCCUCCCGGAGCAACAGAUACAAACCAACUGCAUGGCAUUGAUUUGCUUGUAUUACUGGAUUUAAUAGGUGCUCCAAACCCAACCUUUCCUAGUUAUCUUCAAAAUUCUCUUCGAUGGUAUAGAAGACUUCAGGCAAUUGAAAAAAAGCUACAUGAAUUGGGUUUCCUUCAGGAUCAUUAUUUGGAGACACAGUAUUUCCAGGGUCGUAUGUACCGAGAACAAAUUCAGGAUGACCAUAUUCCAUUUUUAAGAAGAGGUGUUCCAAUUCUACAUCUGAUACCCUUUCCUUUCCCUGAUGUCUGGCACACAAUGGAUGACAAUGAAGAAAAUCUGGAUAAGCCAAGUAUCAACCAUCUCAACAAAAUCCUACAAGUCUUUGUGUCCGAGUAUCUUCAUUUAUAAUAUGCACAUUAUGGUGAAGGGGGAUUAAUUACUUGCAGUGUGGUGUCAGACAUUUGUGUCCACUUUUAAAUUCUUACCCUAACAAAGUUCUGUAUGGGCAAUUCCUAUAGAAACUUAUUCUAUAGAUGGUCUUGAAUAUGUAGUCCUUAAAAUCUACACUCUUUCUGGGUCCUAAAAGAGCCUCAUUCUUUAAUUUCCUCCUAGAGGCAAAGGCAUAAAACAUUCAAAGGAAUAGCCUUAAACCUCCCCAGAUACCCAACAACUGGAACAAAUUAAGUGCACAUAUUCAGUUCCAAGGUCUCCAAACAAUACUUAAUGAUGAUGUUAUGUGCAAUUUGUAGAGUUAGUUUUGUGAUUUUUCACACAUUGAAAUUAAUUUCAUAUAAGACAAAGUAGAGAUAUAGUUGAAGGAACUCAAAUUCUCUUUGAGAAAUCAUUGUGGGGUUUUGUUUCUAGGGGUGUGUAUGUUUUGUGUGUGUGUGUGUGUGUGUGUGUGUGAAAAUUAAAAUCAGAACUAAAUCCUG